AUGACAGAAAAUAAGAAAUACGCAUUUCUAAAGGAAUUUAAUACAUAUAAACAAAAGAUGGAUCACUGUGUAAAUUAUUCGGAAGAUCAAUAUAAUAAUAAAUGCGAUAAUAUUGUUAUGGAUACUUAUGGGAAUUCUAAUUAUGUUUAUAAAGGAAAAUGCCCCCAAAUUAUUUGUUAUUUAAAAUCUAUUUUACAUGAUGAUCAAAAAAGUUUUAGUGCAGUCGGUUGUAAAUACUUGAAUUAUUGGGUAUAUCAUGAUCUUCUCAAUAGGAAAUAUAUAACUGGUAUAUUAUCACUUUAUCAUUCUUUGCUCACUAAUCUUUAUAGCAUUUUCAGUGAAGAAGCUUUAAAAGAUGCUAAAAAAAAAUAUAUUCAAGAUAUUGAUUUGCCAGAAAUUACAGCAAUAUUUAAUAUGAAUUCAUGCUUAGAUAUUAAAAAAAGAAAGGGACAAUAUGAUGCAGGCGAUCAUUUCUGUAAAGAGUUAGAAGAGUAUAUAUAUAAAUAUAAUUCAUUAACUAACUAUAAAGAUAGCAUAACUGGUGCUUCCCAUAAAAUAUCACACUGCAAAACUAAUACUUCAGCUAAUAUUAUAAUUCCAACGAUUCUAAUAUUACUGAUUCCAGGGUUCUUAUUUACAUUUUAUAAGGUUAAUGACGAUGUUAUUAUCACUCCACAUAAUUCACGUUUUCACCGUGGAAUAGCCAAUAUAAUAAAUAAAUGGUGCAAUAUCCAUCAAAUAAAAAGGAAUUCAUUGCAACAACCUGAUACAUGCAACAGUAUCUUGUGGGAAAGCAGAUAUAAUAUGCUGUAUAAUACAACAUAA